ACAUACUUUACCCCAACGCCAUUUUGAGGCGAAAUUUUGUAUUGUAAGUGCCAAGUAUUUCGCAAUAUUCUCUUUUCUAACCCUCGUAAAGGGUAUGAUCGGGUGAUAUUUUUAUGAAUGAGUGUGAAAGGAGUUCGUGGCAGUGCCUGCCCUAUUCAAAGUGCAUCAGCAUUGGGUUGGGAUCGUGGAUGCUCUGAGAUAGCGGGUGCGGAGGAUGGCCCGAGGCAGUAGAAUUGUUCUAAUUAACUGACGGACACCGCCGGCUCACAGCUGGCACAAGUAAAAUGCCACGUCCGGGUAGUUUGAAAGACCCGGACAUAGCAGAAUUGUUCAGCAAACAUGAUCCCGAGAAGAUUUUUGAAGAUCUACGUGAAAUCGGCCAUGGAUCCUUUGGUGCGGUGUACUAUGCCCGCUGUAAUCUCACCAAAGAGAUUGUUGCAAUCAAGAAGAUGUCCUAUCUCGGAAAACAGAGUGAGGAAAAAUGGCAGGACAUACUUAAAGAAAUAAAGUUUUUAAAGCAAUUGGAUCACCCAAAUACAAUUGAAUAUAAGGGAUGCUACAAAAGGGAGCAUACAGCAUGGCUUGUUAUGGAGUACUGUGUGGGCUCUGCCUCCGAUAUUAUAGAGGUCCAUAAACGCCCGUUACGCGAGGAGGAAAUAGCAGCGAUAUGCGAAGGCGUGGUCUGCGGCCUGUCAUACUUGCACAGUCUGGGGCGAAUUCACCGCGAUAUAAAAGCCGGUAAUAUUCUGCUGACGGAGAACGGUACGGUGAAACUGGCAGACUUCGGCAGUGCGAGUAUAAAAUGUCCGGCGAAUAGCUUCGUGGGCACGCCAUACUGGAUGGCGCCGGAAGUGAUCCUAGCGAUGGAUGAAGGCCAGUAUGAUGGAAAGGUGGAUGUUUGGUCACUCGGUAUAACGUGCAUCGAGCUGGCGGAGAGGAAGCCUCCGUAUUUCAACAUGAACGCAAUGUCUGCUCUCUAUCACAUCGCGCAAAACGAUUCUCCCACAUUACAAGCGCCAGAAUGGACGGACACGUUCCGCUACUUCGUGGAGGCGUGCCUGCUGAAGAACCCGCAGGAGCGGCCGUCGUCCGGCAAGCUGCUGUCGCACCCCUACAUCACGCGCCCGCGCUCGCCCAACGUGCUCGUGGACCUCAUCCAGCGGACCAAGGCCGCCGUGCGCGACCUCGACAACCUCAACUACCGCAAGAUGAAGAAGAUCCUCAUGGUGGACGCGGACAACGAGAGCGCUAUCGGCGACAGCGAGGAGACUGCCGAGGAGCGGUCGGGCGGGGACAGCUCGAAGUCUAAUUCGGCGACGUCGGAGCACAGCGCGGCCGGGGCUUCCAGCCAGAGCUCCUCGUCCGGUAGCCUGCGGCGCCGCCCGCGCCCGCUGAACGCAAACCACCAAAAUCAGCAACAGCCGCAAUACCAGCAAUACAACCACCAACCAGCUCAUUCGGCCAGAGAGAGUGAGAGCCCCGUCCCUGGAUCGCACGACGACUACGUCAAUAGGGACGUGCUUCGGGAUUACGCUAAUAGGGAUUCCUUGUGCGACGACUAUGGGGACGAUUAUGCGAACAGAGAGGCGAUAAGGGAGGCCCAGAGGGAGAGAGAGAGGGAGAAACAGGCUAAUGAGUACAGGGAGUACGUCAACGCGCCCUCCACGUGGCAGGACAGUGGCGAUGACAAUAGGAACACGCAACGCCGCCAGUCGCAUAGAGGUGUCAGCAAUAAUGUUUCAGCCGCGAUAUCUCUGGUGACGGAGCACGGCGCGAACAACUUUGCUACGAUACGAACGACCAGUAUCGUUACCAAACAACAAAAAGAACAUAAUCAGGAAAUGCACGAGCAGAUGUCGGGCUACAAGCGCAUGCGGCGGGAGCACCAGGCGGCGCUGCUCAAGCUGGAGGAGCGCUGCAAGGCCGACGUGGAGGCGCACAAGACGCAGCUGGACCGCGAGUACGACUCGCUGCUGCAGCAGCUGUGCCGCGAGCUGGAGCGCCUGCAGACGAAACAUGCACAAGAACUGGAGCGGAAACAGAAACAAAAUGCAGCAGCAGAGAAGAAGCUCAUCAAGGAUAUAACGUCUCGUCAGGAGCAGGAGCGGAAAGCGUUCGAGACCCAACGCAAGCGCGAGUACAAGGCCAACAAAGAGAGGUGGAAAAAGGAGCUCAGUAUGGACGACGCCACGCCUAAACGGCAGAGGGAUGCGACGCUACAGUCCCAGAAGGACAACCUGAAGCAGGCGGAGGCGGCGGAGGAGGCGCGGCUGGUGCGCUCGCAGCGCGAGUACCUGGAGCUGGAGCUGAGGCGCUUCCGGCGGCGCCGCAUGCUGGCGCUGCAGCACAAGGAGCAGGAGCUGCUGCGGGAGGAACUCAACAAGCGACAGACGCAAUUGGAACAGGCGCACGCGAUGUUGUUACGUCACCAUGAAAAGACGCAGGAGCUUGAAUAUAGACAACAAAAGGGCGUGCAUGCGUUGAGGGAGGAGCAGCUGGCGAACCAGCACGCGACGGAGCUGGCCAACCAGCGCGACUACAUGCAGCGCGCCGAGCACGAGCUCACGAAGAAGCACGCGCUGCAGCUCAAGCAGCAGCCCAAGAGCCUGAAGCAAAAGGAGAUGCAGAUACGUAAGCAAUUCCGAGAAACAUGCAAGAUACAAACGCGUCAAUAUAAAGCACUUAAGGCCCAAAUACUCCAAAUGACUCCUAAGGAGCAACAAAAGGAAGUAAUAAAAUCGCUUAAAGAUGAAAAGCGUCGCAAGCUCGUGCUUCUCGGAGAGCAGUACGAUCAGAGCAUCAGCGAGAUGUUGCAGAAACAGACCGUGCGUCUGGACGAGAGCCAGAUGAUGGAGUGCCAGCAGCUGAAAAUGCAGCUGGGUCACGAGCUGGACAUGCUGACGGCGUACCAGAGCAAGAGCAAGAUGCAGGCGGAGGCGCAGCGCAACCGCGAGCGCCGCGAGCUGGAGGAGCGCGUCGCCGUGCGCCGCGCGCUGCUCGAGCAGAAGAUGGAGUCGGAGUGCGCGCAGUUCGUGGCGGAGCGCGCGGAGCGCACACGCAUGCUGCACGAGCGGCACGAGCGCGAGCUCGAGCACUUCGACAACGAGAGCGCGCGCCUCGGGUUCAGCGCAAUGGCGAUCGCAGAAGGAAAUAGGGAGGGCUACGGUGAAGAGGAGCAGUCGCUGUCCGGCUCGAUGCUGUCGCUCGCACAUAGCAACUCGUCCGCGAGCUUCCCCGCUGGCUCGCUGUAACAAUCUCCGCUCCCUGGUCUCCCCGCUGUAUUUCCCCGUUCCCCAUCCAUCUCACUGUAACUCUCCUCGUUCCCCAGCCGGCUCGCUGUAACUCCCCGUUCCCCAGCCGGCUCGCUGUAACUCGCCCCGCUUCCCAGAUGGCUCGCUGUAACUCUCCCCAUUCCCCAGCCGGUACUCUGUAUUAUCCUUUCUAAGCCCCGCUUCCUUCACCUCGCGCCCGAUUCAACUUGGCGUUCACACCGAACUUAAUGUAGAGCAAUAUUGUGAAGUCAAGGCUAUAUUUUUAUUUAUAGGCUUUUAAAGUCAUUUGAGUCGUUGUUACAGUAAUAUAUAUGUUAUUAUAUUUACGUGAUUCAUAUUUUACGCUCUGAGAAAAGAGCCAGGAUAAAAGUAAGUUUACGAAUUUGAACUAUUGGAAAAGGAUUAGAUUUCAAAAGACAAGCAUCUUCACAGUAAUGUUUACAAACUUUGGUCUAUAUAGAAGAAUUUCGGUACGAACGCACUUCUUUAAGCCAUCCAGAUCUCUUACCCACCAUACGCUAUACAUCGCCCAGUUAGCGCUGUCGCUAGUAGGGGCCGUAGGCUUCGACGUUCGUUGGAAAAAUAUUAAUAUGAUAGGCGUUAUGUAAAUAAUUUUAUUCUUGAAAUUUCUUCGAUCCUACUAGAGUUCUAAUGCACAGCAAAUAAUAGAUACUACGAACCACAUUGUCAAUGAAUUCAGAACACAUAUAGUUUAGAUGAUCGAAAGCAGUUUAAUCUUCUGUACAAAGAGUACAUUUAAAACUUUAUAAACAUAUUUAAUAAUAAAAAUAUUUAAGCUAAAAUGAAUACUGUACUGUUGUUGUAUUCACGAUCUUAUAAAAGAUGAAGAAUUAUUGUGUAAUAUUAAUCGCUAUAGCUCAAACGCUUUGAUACAUUUAAUAAAAAUAUUUAACAUAUGUUCUAGCAAAGGACGUUUUAACUGAAGCUGUAUGAAAAACGAAAGGGGAAGUUCUCUUGUAAAUAUAACAAAGAAU